AUGGAGUAUGACGAUUGGGACCAAUCUUAUAAUGAAGUUUCCAGAUGGUUACAAGCUACCCAACAAACUAAUACUGGGACAAUUUUCCAACUUUCCGGUCCUUCAGUUAAUGUUGAUGGUGAGGAUGCGACACCCAAAUACAUUAUGGAACGUUGCUUCUGGUUUAUAAUGGUUGAGAAUAACAACCUUUUAGCAAACAUGUCAGUCUUGCGUCAUCAAGACGACCACAUCACGAACCAGAUGUGGGAAGAAAACGAGAGAGUGCUCCGGCUAAGACAUCAUUCUAUCUGGAUUUUGAAAUAUACAGAUCUGAUUGACCCUAGAGUCAGAAUGUUAAUUGAUCAAGUUGGUUUUGGCCACGUUUUGAAAGUGGAUAAUAUGAAGAUUAACCACCUCAUGGUAACAACACUUUACGAAAGGUGGAGGAUUGAAACUCACACCUUCCACAUGCCACUAGGCGAAACAACUGUCACCUUGGAGGAUGUUUCACUCCAAUUGGGGGUGCCAAUAGAUGGUGAACCCUUCACCAGUUGUAGUUCUGGAAACCUCCUGAAAUUGUGCCAAAAAUUAUUGGGGGACAUUCAACCCGAAAAUAUGUUCACAGGGAACCAGAUAAAGUCGUCGUGGCUAAAUACCAGAUUUCAAGAAUUACCAAAUAACGCCAACCUAGGAACAAUUGGACAGUAUGCACACACUCACAUCCUAAUACUAAUUGACAGUAUGUUAAUGCUAGGUACAUUAGCUAGUCUCGUGCAUUUUAUGUAUUUGCCAUUGUUAAGAGACUUGGUUCAUGUUUCUAACUUUAGUUGGAGAUCCGUAGUGUUGACAUGUCUGUAUCGUGCAUUGGAUCAUGGUACAAAGUUCCAACAAGACAACAUUGGUGGAUGCAUAUUACUGCUGCAAUGUUGGGCAUGA